GCCGGGCCCUUGCCUACGUUCUUUUUCUGGAGAAGCAGGUGCCUGGGAAGUGCUUCUCCAUGGCUCCUGUGCCAGAGUCUGCAAGCAAGGCAGUGAAGCUUUGGAUGCAGAGUCUGGCUGCAAAGCUUUUCUGGAACGAGCAAGAGAAGGAUUUGAUUCCCAUGGUCCAGUUCCUCCUGCGAGAUUUGCCUCAGCAGCGUUUGCCUAGCGCUCUGGUGACGGCAUACUUGCUGUAUCGGGCCAAGUGUGUGGUUCCACCCUUGGCAUCAGAGCCUUUGCAUGUGACAAGUUGGGGUGAUGGAAAAGUUUUUCCUUUGAAGCACAUUCAAUGUGACGUCAGCAAGAUAUAG